AUGUUUAUGGACAUUUUAAAAUUAACUUUCCCGCCAAAAAAGCUGUCGAUAAGAGUCAGAGAAAAGCCAGAGAAUUCCGAAAAUGCCAAGAUGUCAGCUUCCAUGAAAACAAUCUCUGCUUGUGUUUGCCGGAAUGUUAAGAGACAUUUGCUGAAGAAUUUCAGUUCACCACAGUAUAUACCUGCAUGUACAGUGGUUAGAGCCAGUGGUAUAAAGAGACCAGGAAAGGGACCAGUAGUAAAUAAACCAGAUUUUAUAAGACCUGCUCAUGGUAGAAAGGUGAAAAGAUUAGAUGGGCAGUUUGUACAUAGAGGAGAUGUGUUAGUUACACAAAAUGGAUUAAAUUACUAUCCUGGUGAAAAUGUUGAGAUUGAGAGAACCAACAGACUAGUAGCAAUGUGUGAUGGAACAGUGAUGAUAACUACAGAGACACUCAAUCCCUAUCAAGACAGUCCACUUUAUGCACCUGUUUCUCAAGGAACGGAAAUCAAGAGAAAAUUUUUCCAUGUUUAUCCUAUUCCUUUACAUGGAAAGUUUAGAUUAGUGAAUGAAGUUUAGAAUUUUAAUACACUGUUUAUUGACAUU